AAAGUUCCUUGCCAUUCUUUUCUGGUGUCGGGGAGCUGAGUAUUAAAAGGGUAAAGUGACAGAGGGCCAGGAGCUUAGGGACAUUGGUGGUGGAGGGGUGAGUCAGCGGGUGCAAAAGGACAAGGAUUUGGUUUCUCCGAGAGACGGUCCCCUCUCUCCGCCUCCAGAGAAGAGCAAGCAGGCAGUUCGCGGGACCGAAGCCGGGUCCGCCUCCCCAGCGCGGGAGCCGGUGGUUCAGCAGCGGCGCUUCAAGGUGGACGCGGUUAAACGAUGCUCACAGCCGCCUGGGUCUCGGCACAUAUUUCACAUCCACGUCCCCUGCCCCGCGCACCUAGAAGCUGCAGCGAGCAAGAGCCUUCGGUGGGGCAGCUCAAAAUGUAGCUAACUGCGGGCUGGGAGCAGCGCCCAGAUGCCAUAGGUCCCUGCCUUUGAGCGUCGACGGCUGAUCCUUUGGUUUGCUGGGGAGGCUGGCGCUGGGGUUUUGAAUUCCGAAUUAUGUGCAUAAUGCUGAAUCUUCCCCCAACCAGGACGAGUCAGACAGUACGGAAAAGCAGACUCUCACUCUCAUAAUUCUUGGAUUGCAUGUUGCACGGAGUCUCUCUCCUCUAUCUUCGCACCCAGCCUCGGGUACGGAAGGAGUCGGGGUCCCGGGUCAGGCCAGCCCAGCAGGUGGAGAGAGUUCUUGACCAUCCCGCGCGCCCCUGGCCAUGUCGCCUUUCAUGCCCUGCCCCUUCGCGUGGCCUUCUGAGGGUUCCCAGGGCUGGCCAGGGUUUUUUCCCACCCGCGCGCGCGCUCUCACCCCCAGCCAAACCCAGCUGGCAGGGCUCCCUUCAGCCGAGACCUUUUGAUUCCCCGCUCCCGCGCUCCCUCCUCCGCGCCCGCCCGGGGGUGGCCCUGGAGAGCCGGACCUCUCCCGGCCCCGGCUGGGACCAUGGUGUUUCUCUCCGGAAAUGCUUCCGACAGCUCCAACUGCACCCAACCGCCGGCACCGGUGAACAUUUCCAAGGCCAUUCUGCUCGGGGUGAUCUUGGGGGGCCUCAUUCUUUUUGGGGUGCUGGGGAACAUCCUAGUGAUCCUCUCCGUGGCCUGUCACCGACACCUGCACUCAGUCACUCACUACUACAUCGUCAACCUGGCGGUGGCCGACCUCCUACUAACCUCCACGGUGCUGCCCUUCUCUGCCAUCUUCGAGGUCCUAGGCUAUUGGGCCUUCGGCAGGGUCUUUUGCAACAUCUGGGCAGCAGUGGACGUGCUGUGCUGCACGGCGUCCAUCAUGGGGCUCUGCAUCAUCUCCAUCGACCGCUACAUCGGCGUGAGCUACCCGCUGCGCUACCCCACCAUCGUCACCCAGAGGAGGGGUCUCAUGGCUCUGCUCUGCGUCUGGGCACUCUCCCUGGUCAUCUCCAUCGGGCCCCUGUUUGGCUGGAGGCAGCCGGCCCCGGAGGACGAGACCAUCUGCCAGAUCAACGAGGAGCCGGGCUACGUGCUCUUCUCAGCGCUGGGCUCCUUCUACCUGCCACUGGCCAUCAUCCUGGUCAUGUACUGCCGCGUCUAUGUGGUGGCCAAGAGGGAGAGCCGGGGCCUCAAGUCCGGCCUCAAGACCGACAAGUCGGACUCGGAGCAAGUGACGCUCCGCAUCCAUCGGAAAAACGCCCCGGCAGGAGGCAGCGGGGUGGCCAGCGCCAAGACCAAGACGCACUUCUCGGUGAGGCUCCUCAAGUUCUCCCGGGAGAAGAAAGCGGCCAAAACGCUGGGCAUCGUGGUGGGCUGCUUCGUCCUCUGCUGGCUGCCUUUUUUCUUAGUGAUGCCCAUUGGGUCUUUCUUCCCCAAUUUCAAGCCCUCUGAAACCGUUUUUAAAAUAGUCUUUUGGCUCGGAUAUCUAAACAGCUGCAUCAACCCCAUCAUAUACCCAUGCUCCAGCCAAGAGUUCAAAAAGGCCUUUCAGAACGUCUUAAGAAUCCAGUGUCUCCGCAGAAGGCAGUCUUCCAAGCAAGCCCUGGGCUACACCCUGCACGCCCCCAGCCAGGCCCUGGAAGGGCAGCACAAGGACAUGGUGCGCAUCCCCGUGGGAUCAGGAGAGACCUUCUACAGGAUCUCCAAGACGGAUGGCGUUUGUGAAUGGAAAUUUUUCUCUUCCGUGCCCCGAGGAUCUGCCAGGAUUACAGUGUCCAAAGACCAAUCUUCCUGCACCACAGCCCGGGGACACACACCCAUGACAUGAAGCCAGCUUCCUGUCCACAACUGUUGUCCUUACUGCCCGAGGAAGGGGAGCAUGAAACCUACCACUUGUCCUGCUACCCACUGUCUUUGGAAUCCACCCCAGGAGCCCAGGAGCCAGCAGCCUUGCCUGACACAUGGAUUUACUUCUUUAUCAAGCAUUCAUCUAAGACACAAAUCCAAUAUAUUACUUUUGCUUAUGCAGGAAAAACAGUAACUUAAUGAUUAUUAUGAAUUAAUGAUUAUGAAUGCUAAGGGAAAGAAGAAAAGAGCCUUUGGGGACAAAUACCUGGAUUUUUUGCAAAUCAGUUUAGUACAACCUCGCUCCCACAUUUCAUUCUUAAAAGUUCAUUAAGAAUCAUUAGCCACAUGUAGGGUGCUGGAAAUUCCAUAAGACACCCAAGUUUCUUAAGUAAAUGGCAUUUUAAAAAAGGGAAAUUUGUGGGUUCAAAUAUUCUUAAGAUAUAUAUUCAUCAAGUAUAAUGUAUAAACUUUGUUGAUUUAGAUCUUUAUUGAAACUAAGUAUAAAAAGUCAUUUUUAAGUAAUUGGAGAAGAUGAAGCAUAGGCUGGGUCCUAUUUGAUGUUAGAUAAUUAGAUAGUUACCUUAAAUUUUGUUAGAUGUGAUAAUGGCAUUGUCCUUAACUGGUAGGUACAUAUCGAAGUAUGUUUACAAUUUGCUUUAAAAUUUUCUUGCCAAAAGUGGGUAAGAAAUGGUGAUAGACGAAAUAAGAAUGGCAGACAAGGCCACACACAGUUCUUCCAUGUCUGUGCAGGUUUGAAAUUUUUCAGAAUAAAAUAUUUUUAAAAGAAAAGUAAGUUAGGCACUUUUCACUUGUAAAAGUUAGUGUCCCUCAAAGUCUAGAACAUUCACAGCCAUGUAACUCAUGCUGCAAAACAAAAUCCCCUUCAUUCAAAGAGAGCUGCUGUUGCACUCUCUGCUCUCUGAUUUCUUGAUUCAUGCUAUAAUAUUCAGUGAGGGUUGACUGUGCUCCAGGGCCACGUCCAGGAAGUGGAGCAUAACAAGAGUAGAGACAGAGUCCUUGCCCUCCAAGAACCUACGAGAUUGAUACAGGGCCAUGGGAGCUUGGUGAAGGGCCCCAGCAGGCUGCAGAGUUAGGAUUCUCAAAAGUGGUGAUCUCUAUGGUGAAUCCUAGAGGACAUAGUGGGGUGGGGAACAGAAGCAGUUGUUCCAGGCAAGGAAGGAAGGAAUCUGUGCAAAGGCCCAGCGGCUUGUGAACCUCGGGUGUGUGCUGGGAGUGCUGCCUCCUCCCACAGCUCAGGGCACAGGGAAGGCAGUCUUGCUUAUCAUGGAGGCCACUUGGCUGUACAAACUCCCAUUUCCCAAGUUCCCCCAGGCAAACCACACAACUGCUCUUCUUCUCAAUCUUUUUUUAAGCCAAGACAGAAUCACUGAAACAGCCAGUCAGUGGUAAGUCCAGGGCUCUCCUGACAGUGACUGUGUUUGGCUUGGCUGAAAAUCACAAAGCCUUGUUUUCCUGGUUGUCUGAUUCUCUUUGUUCUCAAGGCUUAGUGCAGCAUUACAAAGGGAUGGCUAAACAGAAAAAAAAAAAGAAGAAAAAAAAAAAGGAGAAGGUCUAUUUUUCUCUUCACACAAAUAAAUAUUUGCUCAAGAAUGGAAGUGUCUAAUUCUUAUGAAUAACCAAAUGCUUUGGAUGUCUUAACAAGCAAAUCAUAUGCAAGGCAAUUCAGUGUUACUACUAAUUGAGGAAUUGUUUUUAGCAAGAAGAUGGUAUGCAGCAUGUUUUUAAAAAACAAGUUUUUCUAACAACAACAACAA